UAUUCAAGUCGUGGUCAAACGUGGUUCCAUGUAAAAGCGUCGUAGCGCUCAGUGGCGAUGUCGUUGGUGGGCUCAUCUUCAACAAAAAUCAAGAAACCAUGAAGGCGAGGAAAUCGUGCUGGACCUGCAAAGAUCGAAAGAUCGGAUGCGACAAGACACUACCUGCAUGCAACAAUUGCAUUCGAACGAAGCGCAACUGUGCAGGUUUCGGCAUCAAGUUGACCUGGCCAGAAAAGUACGAUGGUCGGCGAAAGGCGGUGAUUCCUUCCAUAUACGGACAAGGCUGUGCAGCGACGACCGUCUUUUGUCCCAGUUUGGCUCUCGACUUCCUUAAUACGACGACUGAGGAUAUUGAGAUAUCGGAUUCUUGCGAUCUGACAGGAUUCCCAGCAUAUGCGCAACUCUUACGCCUCAAUACAUGGACGUUGCCCACCCUUCCACUCCCAGGAAUUACAAAUGACGAUGCCUCUCUACUCUCAUAUUAUGAAGGCCGGCUGGCACGAAUCAUAACCACAGUUGAUGAUGCCCACAAUGGCUUUCGAAACGAAAUUUUACCAAUGGCUCUCACCCAGCAAUCAAAAGCUUCACAGAGCCUGAUGGAAAGCAUACUAGCACUUUGUGCUUUUCACGUCAGCGGACCAAGCAGAGCACUGCAACAUAAAGCCCGAGCAUUGCGACUCUUGAACCAGUCACUUCAAGAGGACGUUUCUGAAGAUCUGAGCGCGAAACUAGCGGCGUGCAUGCUACUUUGCGUGUAUGGUGUCUUCGACCCGACGGAUGGCAAUUGGAUGGUGCAUUUACGUGGCGCCAAAAGUCUGAUCGGCGAUUAUCCAUCACACCCCAAAACACAGCAAUCCGUUUCACCAUUUCUCAGGAGCUGGCUGCUCUAUCAUGAUGUUCUGGCACAAUUUUCCCAAAUGAUGUCCGGCUAUGAAAGGCAAGAUCCGACACAGGUGGUACUUCCAGAGUAUACAGCUGAAAAGACGGUCAUCGUGGGAUCUCUGGGAUGCUCGGAAGAGCUGAUGGAGCUGGUCGCAUGCAUCAACCAGCUGCGAGGCCAACCCCAGUUCGACGCAAGUCUCGUCGAGACGUUGCGUUUACGUUUGGAAAAUCUGACCCAAGAUAUCGUGAUCAAACCUGAACAGCAGUCUCACUCACGGUCUGAGACUAUCAACGAGACUCGUAUUCACGACACGGCAGAAUUCUACCACCUCGCAGCACUAAUUUAUUUUCGUCGGCAGAUCGUCCAACAACCGUCCCAGGCACGAUCUGUUCAACGGCUCGUCGAAAGGGCCCUUAGCCUAAUCGCAAAGAUGGAGGUUUGCACAAGCCCGUGGCCUUUGUUCGUUGUGGCAUGCGAAGUACGGAUCGAUGAACAACGACUGCAAAUACUCCAGACAUUGAAGAAAAUGGAAUUGCACAGACGCAUUGGCAACAUCGGUGUCACGAGGAUGAUCGUGGAAGCCUUCUGGAAGCAGCAGGAUCUCGUGGUACAUGACACCGCAAAAACGGUCAUGGACUGGAGAAACAUCGUUGAUAUGGCACAGAUGACGCCUUCUUUCAUUUAGGAAGUCACUGUUGCGGCCUUCUCACCACGAAGCCGUAAUCGCCUACUUUGAAGGCAGUGCAUGAUUUCUGGGUACACAGACAUCUCCCAAAAAUCAAACCCACCAUCGUCAGAAUGUCUGGAACAUACAUCGCUCCAUUUCA